ACUUCCGGAAACUGGUUAUUUAGUAAACGUUCCUAAACAGAUGAAAUUUGAUAAGAUAUUUGAAAACAUUGAUAUAGGAAACUAAAAUAAUAACUAUUCUUAGAAAAAAUGAUGUCUAAAGCUUCAAUUGAAACACAGCUUCAAAAAGAAUCAAAUCGAUUAGCUAGUUUAGAAGAGACGCUAAUUCGUAGUGAUGCUGCCACGGAUACUAUGCUCAAAAUGCUGAAAGGGUUUGAUGGUAGAUUAGAAAGAUUGAACGCUACAAUUAAACCUGUUCAUGAGGAAACGCAAAGACUACAUAGACGGCAAGAAAAUACACUCUCAGUGCUGGGAGAAUUAGACCUUAUUCUAGCUCAUUACAAGAUUGCUGAAGAAGCCGAGAGUGUUGUUUCGCAAUCCCCGUCAAACCAAAUUGAGCAGUAUUUAAAGAAAAUGAAUGACAUAAAGUCAGCCAAAGAUUAUUUCGAAAUGAUAGCCAAGUCUGAAGGUCACGAAAAAGCCGAUGAUGUCGUUUAUAAACUAACUUGCCCUUUCGAUAAAGGUGUAAGUCUACUCGAUGAAGAAUUCAAAUAUGUUCUUCAAAGAAAUUCCCAACCUUAUAAUGCAAAAUUGAUAUUAGAGAAUCUUCAUGCAAUAGCAUCCGGUAAAGAGCCGUUGAGUUUGGCUUACGAUAGUAAAACAGCACCAUUGUGGGGAAAAGUUGUUAAAUUACCUAGUCAAUCUGUGCAAACAGAAUUAGGAAUGAUGGCUUCCUGGCUUCUUAAACUUUCAACAAACACUGUUACAAAUACAACGGAGAAUUUUGCAGAACACAGGGUUCGCGGAAUGAGAAAAUGCCUUGAUUCGGUUAGAAAUUUGAUUAAUGAAGAAAAAUUUGACUUACCUUUUGCAUCACCAUCGGCAGCAAAAGGAAAAUAUGCUGAUUCCCAACGAAGAGAAUCUAAUAUUUUCGGAAGCAUAUCAAGCAAAAUUAAAAAUCAAUUUACAACUGCUGAUAGAUCUCCUGCCCCAACAAAGAAACGCGAAUCUUACUCUAAUAGGGAAAAUAUAAAAGAUGACAAUAAUGAUGGAGAUAUUGAUUUCUUUUUGUAUAUGUUUCCAGUUGUGUUUAGAAUGACAGAGCUGGAAGUAGCUUUGGCGAAUAGUAUAUUUUCAAAGAAGACUUAUGUAUCCUAUAUAAUGAGCACUGUCUUUCAAGGUGUCUUUAAGACAAUUCACGAGGAAGCCGAUCGAGUUAAUACUAUUUGUAGAAAAGGAGUUAUCCGUCAUGACACCAGCGUCAUUUUAUAUGUUUUUCAAGUAUUGAAUCAUCUUAGAACAGCUGAACCUCACUUUAACAAUAUACUACAAAAGCUAGAUUGCAAAAAGCGAUAUUUGGAUUCACUUAUUCAUAGCUUCAGCGAAACAGCUUUACAAGGUUUAACUGAGUUGAAUGAUUUCAUUAAAUCUAAUCAAGAUAGACACGCAUUAAUGCCGCCUGACGGUACCGUCCACCAGAUGACAAGCAAUAUUAUGAUUUUCCUUGAAAAUCUUUUGAUCAAUAAAGAAUCUCUGCUAGAAUUGUUUGCUUCAAAGCCAUCAAAAGAGAGAGAAGCUGCUCACUACUUGAGAAACCUUAUAUCAUCUCUUGGUUUAUAUUUAACGAAUAAAUCGCAAACUUACACCGAUCCUGUGCUAGUAAUAAUAUUUUUGUUGAACAAUUAUAAUUACAUGUCAAAAGCUUUACAAAAAAAAAACUCGAAACUUCAGUUUAUUUGUCAAUUCGAUUCGGAUAUUACACAAAGCUUCGUUCAAAAAUGUAUCAGCUAUAGGCAGACUUACGCCAGAAGUUGGGAUCCUGUUAUACAACAGAUUAGCUCUGAUGCAAAUAGGAGUUUUUCUCCAGAAAAGCUUAAAGAUCGAGAUAGGCAACUGAUAAAAGAUAAAUUUUCCAAUUUCAAUAAAGCGUUUGAAGAUAUUUACCGAAUUCAAAAAGCUUAUUCGGUUCCUGAUCCAGAAUUGAAAGAUUUGUUAAGGACCGAAAAUCAAAAUCGAAUACUUCCUUUAUACGAGUCAUUCUUAAGAAAGUACGAAGACUGUGGAUUUACCAAGAAUAAGGAAAAAUAUGUAAAAUAUCGUGUAGAGGAUAUAAAAAGAUCAAUGUCACAAUUCUUUUCCGCUUAGAUAUAAUUUAUAUUAUAAAUAACACUUAAAAAAUGCUUUUCUAUUCAAGUAGCCAAGAUGGGAAACUGCUAACAUUCAAUGUAAUUGUUUUCUUGUAUAGACCUAUAAUGGCGGCCAUAGCUUUUUCAAAUAUUUAUAAUAAAUAUAUUGAGUUAUAUAAUAAAUACGUUUACUUUUCUUAAAA